UAGUCAUGUUCCUGAAACCUUAAAUAUUUUCAGAAUUUAAAUAUAAAUCAAGUGUAUUACAUGCAAUUGAAUUAUUCAGCUUACUUUCUUUCACUUACAGGGCAAGAAAAACAAGAAAAAAGCAGAGCAAAGAGACAAAAUCAGAGUUAAAAUCAGCUAUGAACUCUGCAAAUUCCACCUUCUCUCUAAAUGCAACUUUAGUGCAUCCCCCAUUUUUUUUCAUCAGUGGUUUGAGCAUGCCCCAUGCCAAAUACUACUAUGUCUUUUUGUGUUUCGUAUUUGUGGUCUCUGUGUUGGGGAACUCAUUUGUCAUGUUUAGUAUACACAAAGAGGCCAGUUUUCACACCCCAAAGUAUAUGGCUGUCUUUAAUUUGGUUGUAGCUGACUUGGCUGAAAGCACUGCUCUUAUUCCAAAUUUAAUUGCAAUGUUUCUUUUUGAUUCACAAUACAUCUCCUUUGACGCUUGCUUGGCCAACAUGUUUUUUGUGUAUUUCUUUUCCUCUUUGCAGUCCCUAACUCUUACCGUUCUGGCCUAUGAUAGAUUGGUGGCAAUAUGCUUGCCACUGAGAUACCAUGCCAUCAUCACAAUGCAAGCAAUGGCUGUGAUAUUAACAGUGGUGUGGGCAUAUGAUUCAGUUUUACUGAUUUUAAUGGUGUCUUUGGUUCCCAGGUUGUCCUUUUGUAAAUCCAUUGUGGUAGAAAGCUACUUCUGUGAUCAUGGACCCAUAUUCCGCAUGGCAUGCAAUAACAAUCAUGUCAAUAUAAUCAUGGGAAUUAUUAACAUGAUAUUAUUACUUUAUGUGCCCUUUUUUUUGACUGUACUAUCUUAUGUGUUUAUUUCUGGUGCACUGUUCAAAAUAGCUUCAUGGGAAGGGAGAUUUAAAGCCAUUAAGACUUGUUCUGCACACCUAAUAAUGGUGGCUAUAUAUUAUAUGCCGAUACUGAGUAUCUACAUGGCUGGACUAUUUUUUCCCAUCCAGCCUAAUGUCAGGAUAAUGAAUACAUCAUUUUCAAAGGCCAUUACCCCCAUGAUGAACCCAAUCAUUUAUGUGCUGAACACUGAAGAGUUCAAAGAAUUCAUAAAAAAACUUUUCAGAAGAAAAAAAAAAACACAACAGAAAUAAAUAAUUAAAAUAACUGAAUGAAUCGAUAUUAUAGGAACUCUUUUUACUGUAUCACAUACUCUGCAUAGAGGUAGAAGCAUGGGUUAAGAAUUUCUUGACCUCUUUUGAACACUGAAAAACAUUAUUUUUCAGUCCGCUAAUUAUUGGUUCAAAUAUUUUGCGAAAGACUUUAAAAUUUUAUUAUAUUAUUUAUUUUUUAAAAAGCUUAAUGCAUGUAGUGUGAUGAAUUAUAAAUGUUGCUUAUGACAAUAUUGAUUCCAUUUAGAAUUUUUGCAUGUUAAAAAAGUAGUCUUUUGCCCAUGCAAUUUGCUUAAUAAAUGACUUGGUAAUAAUGUAAGAAAAUGAACUGCCUAUACAACAGAACCUAUAGACUGGAGAUGUUAUUUCCAUAGACAAAUGGAGAUAUUAUCUUUUGGCAUAAGUAUGCUCUGCAAAUAUUUUUGAAACCUGAGGCAAGCGAUAGUUAAUCCCAUAAUAUCCCUAUAAUGUUGAAUGAAUGUAAUAUGUAUGUGGAUAUAUUGAAAAGCAGAAUUAAGACAGCUAGAUGUAGUUACAUAAUUAAUGUAACUGGUUAUGUUACAGUAGAGAAACACACUAACAGAGUAAAUAGCUACGUGAUUCAAUUUAACUGGCUACACAAACACACUUAUUUUCCAGAAUAUGUAUAAGGUAUACUGUAACUAAAUUAAUAAACAAAAUACUAGCCAUGGAUAGCUAGCUAACUACCUAGCUGCUUAUCCUAUGCAGCUCUGAGUGAUGAUAUGUAAUGGCUUUUAAAAAAUAUCUUUCAUACUACUAGCAUGUAAACUGGCAAGGCACUGGGCAGGCAAGCUAGAAAGAAUACAUAGCUAACAACGUUAGCUGGUUUAGCCAGCCAGUUACGUUAGCUAGUUAGUUAACGUUGUUAUCUAACGUUAGCCAUACUAACGUUACUGAGCUGGCAUCACGAAUAAUUAUUUUGCUGACGUUACGUUACACUUCUAAAUCUUAUUUUAGCUCGCUAAUAGCCUAAUUUUAGUUUAUCACAAUUAGCUGCAUACAGCCAGUGUCAUCAACCCUGCGCUGCCCUGCACAUACCUGAAGCUAGCUGCUCUGCACUCUCCGGCUGCUGACUGGCUCUCGACAUCCGCUGCAACGUUAGUUACAUUCUCAAUCUCAUCAUUAUUCUCCUGAAUCUCCUCCUCAACAACCUGACUCGAUAUUUUCUUCAAAAAUCCGCGGAUAUCCAUCGUUUCAGACAGUUCACUGACACUAAACGUUACUGAAUGAGAAAUGUUCGGACCCGUCUACGGAACCCUGCGUACUGCGUCGUCUGCGUGCGUUUGUCAGACAAGCGGAACUGUCAAUCUGUCACUCAGAACUCUGUGACUGAACUUUAGUGCUAGCUAGUGCUAUCAAAUCGUCUGAUUGCAACCUACUGCGCCUACUAGUCGGUUAGGUUACUUAAUGCUCGGUUUGAAAGGGGUGAUUUGUUUACACCAGGGCUCCAUUAAAUGAAUGAUAUUUGGUGCUGUAUCUCUUUUUUUCGGGUGUCAAAAUAAAAAAUAAAAAAAUAAAAAAUAUUUUUUUGGUGUCAAAAGGUCCGGGGCUGGACGAAAAACUUCCGAGGCUUCAGCCCCGGAUGCCCACCCCUAGCGACGCCACUGGUAC